UCUCCAGUGUGGAUUUACAUACCCUGAUUUCCGUGGGACUGGGAAACGAAAGAGGACGGUGGCGAUUCUUUCAGGAACUGAGGAAUCGACCACAAACAACGUAAUUUAACAAAUUUACAACUUGUAGCUCCUUCGUCGGUUGUCUCACGCCUUCUAACCUCCGUCGGAAUAAAGUUUAUGCUACUUUCUCUGCGCUUCUCUCACUGGGUUAUUUUUCUAGUCUGGAGGAAGGCUGGGAGGUUCUCGGAGAAGUCUGGAAGCAGCUUGAGUUGAACCCGGUUUGAAGGGCUGUGGCCAUGGCCGGGGGUGGUGGUGGUGUUUGUCCGUUGGGGCCCGCACCGCCGAUGUGGUAUCACCGGGACCUGAGUCGAGCGGCGGCCGAGGAGCUGCUAGCCCGGGCCGGGAGAGACGGCAGCUUCCUGGUGCGGGACAGUGAGAGUGUCAACGGGGCUUACGCUUUGUGUGUACUGUUUCAGAAGCAUGUCCACACAUACAGAAUCCUCCCAGAUGAGGACGGAUUUCUGGCUGUACAGACAUCUCAGGGCGUGCAGCCUAAGCGGUUUAAGACAUUACCAGAGUUGGUGCUGUUGUACCUGCAGCCCAGCCAGGGUCUGGUCACCACCCUGCUCUAUGCUGUGGACAGAGAGGAAAUGGCUGUCAGCGAUGACAGGGACUAUUCAGAUGGGGAGGAUGAGAAGCCACCCCUCCCCCCUCGCUCAGCCUCCACCUCCACUCCCCCUGGCGCAGACACACCCACAGACAGUGCUCCAGCAGCUAAUGGCCUGAGCACAAUCUCCCAUGAGUACCUGAAGGGCAGCUAUGCUCUGGACCUAGAGGCAGUCAAACAGGGAGCCUGCGCCCUGCCUCACCUCAACAAGACACUAGUGGCCUCUUGCAAACGCCUUAAUGGGGAGGUAGAUAAGGUUCUGUCUGGUCUGGAGAUCCUGUCUAAAGUCUUUGAUCAGCAGAGUGCUUUCAUGGUCUCCAAGAUGAUCCAACAGUCGGUGAAUCAUGGUGGAGACCAAGAGCUGGAGAACCUUGUGACCAAGCUGGCAAUUCUCAAAGACCUGCUGUCCUCCAUAGAGAAGAAGGCUCUGAAAGCUCUACAGGACAUGAGUUUGUCCUCGCCAUGCUCCCUUCCUCCUCUCUCCAUGCGUCACAGCAAAGCCAUCCCUGUGCAGGCCUUCGAGGUAAAGCUGGAUGUUUACCUGGCAGAGCUGACAAAGAUAGGAAAGAGCCAGAAGUACACUCUGUCGGUGGACGUGGAGGGAGGACGACUGGUAGUGAUGAAGAAGGUGAAGGACAGCCAAGAGGACUGGACCACCUUCACACAUGACAAAAUCCGUCAGCUGAUCAAGUCUCAGCGGGUGCAGAAUAAACUGGGCAUUGUUUUUGAGAAGGAGAAGGACAAGAGCCAGAGGAAAGACUUCAUCUUUGCUAGUGCCAAGAAGCGGGAGGCAUUUUGCCAGCUGCUGCAGCUGAUGAAGAACAAACAUUCCAACCAAGACGAGCCAGACAUGAUUUCUAUCUUCAUAGGCAGCUGGAAUAUGGGCUCAGUGCCUGCGCCAAAGUCUCAGGCCUCAUGGGUGUUGUGUCGUGGCCUCGGGAAAACUCUAGACGAGAUGACGGUCACCAUCCCUCAUGACCUUUAUGUGUUUGGAAGCCAAGAAAACUCUGUGUGUGAUCGCGAGUGGGUGGAGUCACUACGUGCCAUGUUGAAAGAACAGACGGAACUGGAUUAUAAACCGAUCGCAGUGCAAACUCUGUGGAACAUAAAAAUUGCUGUGUUAGUGAAACCGGAACACGAGAACCGGAUCAGCCACGUGGGAAUGUCCAGUGUCAAGACAGGCAUCGCCAACACACUGGGCAACAAAGGAGCUGUGGGUGUGUCCUUUAUGUUCAACGGGACAUCUUUCGGCUUUGUGAACUGUCACUUGACAUCAGGGAAUGAGAAGAUUGCCAGGAGGAACCAAAACUACCUAGAUAUUCUCCGCCUGCUGUCACUAGGAGACAAACAGCUGAGCUCUUUCGACAUCUCACUGCGCUUCACGCACCUCUUCUGGCUGGGAGACCUCAACUACAGGCUGGACAUGGACAUACAGGAGAUUUUGAACUACAUUAACAGGAAGGAGUUUGAGCCCCUGCUGAAGGUGGACCAGCUCAACCUGGAGAGGGAGAAGAACAAAGUAUUUCUACGCUUUGCGGAGGAAGAGAUCUCAUUCCCUCCCACCUACCGUUAUGAACGUGGCUCAAGGGACACCUAUGUCUGGCAGAAGCAGAAGGCCACAGGGAUGAGGACUAAUGUUCCGUCCUGGUGUGACAGGAUCCUGUGGAAGUCGUACCCAGAAACACACAUUGUCUGCAACUCCUAUGGCUGUACAGAUGAUAUCGUGACCAGUGAUCAUUCCCCUGUGUUUGGUACCUUCGAGGUGGGGGUGACCUCCCAGUUUGUCUCCAAGAAAGGUCUGCCAAAGUCUUCAGAGCAGGCCUACAUUGAGUUUGAGAGCAUUGAAGCUAUAGUGAAGACAGCGAGCAGAACCAAGUUCUUCAUCGAAUUCUACUCCACUUGUCUGGAAGAGUUUAAGAAGAGUUAUGAGAACGACAGUCAGAGCAGUGACAACGUCAACUUCCUGCGCGUGGGCUGGUCCAACAAGCAGCUAACGACGCUCAAACCUCUUCUCUCUGAGAUCGAGUACCUGCAGGACCAACAUCUGCUGCUGACUGUGAAAUCACUGGAUGGAUACGAGUCCUAUGGAGAGUGUGUGCUGGCUCUGAAGUCUAUGAUUGGCAGCACAGCACAGCAGUUCCACACCUACCUGUCCCACCGUGGCGAGGAAACAGGAAAUAUCAGGGGGUCCAUGAGGGUCAGAGUCCCCUCCGAAAGGAUGGGAACCAGGGAGAGACUCUACGAGUGGAUCAGUGUGGACAAGGAUGAGACGGGUGGACCUAAAGGGAAAUCCACUUUGGUAUCCAGAGUGGGACAUGAAUACGUCAAGCCAUCUGUGGUUCGUAAACCGCUUGGAGAGCUGGGAAAAGUCAGUGAGGAGGGAGAAAGGAGCAGCAAAGAGGAAACUGCUGCAAGGCCUAAACAAGAUGCACCAGACAGUGAUCCAUCCAUCUGCAAGAACAGCUACAAUAAUCCCGCCUACUACAUCCUGGAGGGCGUUCCCAACCAGUCGGCAGCUGCUCUUUCGCCUGAGCUACUCCCAUCUCCUACCUCCGCAAACCCCCAGGUAGCUAAAGCCCCUCCUCCCUCAGCUGGGGCUCGAACCAAACCCCCCUUUGUGGCCUCAGGGCCCUCUCACCCACGCAGACCCAUGACGGGGCACCCGGUCCGCGCUAUUAGCGAGGAGGGCUCCUCAGAGGACGACGGAGGCGCCUGUGGAACAGGAGCGCAGGGCGUUGGUGUCGGAACAACAGUCGGAAGCACACUGAAUCGACCCCCUCCUGACUUCCCCCCUCCUCCUCUGCCUAAGGGAGCCCUGGAGAUGGUUGCAGAGGCCCCGUUCUCCAAACCUCGCCCUCUUUACCCAGACCUAGCCGAGGUCAGGAUCCCAGCAGCCAGUCCUGCUGCCCCGCUGGCUCUCGGAGAGGGUUUUAGACGAGGAGGAGGAGGAGGAGGAGGAGGACCAGGGGCGUUGGACGACCAGUCGUGUUCUGUGCUCCAGAUGGCAAAGACACUGAGUGAGAGCGAGUUUCCUGGGCAGCCUCCACGCGCUCCGUCUGCGCCGCCACCUCUUAGAGGGCAGCCGAUGGGUUUAGGUCUGGACGCCUGCCGCACCUUCCCACCCAGAAAUGCCAUCACAGAGAGCAUCGCAGAGGACAUGCCUGAGGAGGCACUUUGGGGCAGCAGUAGCUCGUCUUUGUCUGUUGGGGAAUCCUCAGUGGGGGAGUGGUUGCAGAGACUGGGACUGGAGAGGUAUGAGCAGGGUCUUCUACACAACGGCUGGGACGACCUGGAGUUCCUCAGUGACAUCACUGAGGAGGACCUGGAGGAGGCGGGGGUGCUCGACCCCACCCACAAGCGAAUCCUGCUGGAGAGCCUCAAGCAGCAGCAACAGCAGCAGAAAUAAACUGUUUCAAACUGGUGUAUGACUAGUCCAAACUGGCCUGGUACCAGAACCGGGUCCCAAGAGGCCAGAUUUCAGCUGAACUGAACUGAGCUGAGCUGGAAUGUGCCAAUUAAUGCCAGACUGUGCCUUCUGAGAGAAAUUGCACUCCAUUUGUACUUAAAAAAAAACACUUGUAGAACCACCAUGGUUUUUCACAUGUAAUGUAUGUGCGUUGUCGUAGAGGUGGCCUUAUUUAAUGAGAAUCAUGUCAGUCCUUUAAGCGUCACUACAUAACCCUCGGCUUGAAACCUAGUGAGAAGAUGCAGGGUGAGAUAAUAUUAUUCUGGACAGAUAGAAUUGAAGAUAUAGAGCAGCUGAUGCCUUGAUGUUGUACCAUCACUUCUGACAUUCAGCUUCAAGCUAGCUUAAAGUUAAAACUUGUUUGUCUUUCUUGGUCCUGAGAAACUUUAACUGAGGAGUGAAAAAAAGUUUAAGACUCUUCAGCUAUGGGGAAUGCAGACUGUCAAGUUUAAAACAACAUGAAAAGAGGGCUUUUAGUUGGGGGAACCAGAACCUUGAAAACACACCGUCUGUGUUUUGCAGUUCGGACUCUUUUAAUGUGUACCUCUCUGUUUUCCCCCCACCAUUGGUCACAGUUGGGGAAACUAUGUGGGAAUUUUUCAAAAGCACUCAAGGGUAAUGUCAGUCCACAGCUGGGGCAGAGGAACGUCCUCGCUUCUGUGACGGAGGCGGACAGGAAUUGGUGACAGGAGAGGAGCUAGCCCUGACUCAUGUCCGACUGAAGCCAGCUCAACUCGCUUUUCUCAAAUUUGUACUUUUGUGAUGAUGUUUGGGCCUCUGUUGUUUAAAUGGUGGCAUUUAUUGUCUCUGUGUCUCUGCAUGUGUUUAUGUUUUUAUGUUUCAUUUUUUAUGAUAAAGGGAAUAUGGAGCAAACCACCCAAACUGGUCCUGUUGGAGCUAAGAGUGCAUUUUUCAUAACAUAGCAUAACAUUAAAAGGACUGUGUUAGCCAUCA